AUGCCCCUAAUUGUGGUAACUGGGGUCCCCUGCAGCGGCAAAACCACCCGUUCCACUGAACUGAAACAAUUUUUCGAAAGCCACGGCAAGGAGGUGCACGUUGUUAGCGAAUUUGACCAAAUCAUCAAAGCCAAUUUUGAAAAAAACGCGUUUUUUUCAGAUGCCGCGGCUGAAAAACACAUCCGAAGUUUGCUCAAAUCGGAAGUUUUGAAACUGAUAACACAAAAAAAUGUUGUGAUACUUGAUGCCUUGAAUUAUAUCAAAGGUUAUCGGUACGAGCUGUAUUGUGGCUCAAAGGCCAACAAGAACACCCAGUGUACGGUUCACACUGAAAUAAACCGGGACGAAGCGUGGAAAUUUAAUGAGAAGCGGCCAGAAUUGGAAAGGUAUAUCAGAGAUACUUUUGAUGCCCUUCUGAUGCGGUAUGAAGACCCCGACGGGAAAAAUCGCUGGGAUUCACCCCUAUUUGUGGUUUUCCCCGGACAAGAGCUGGACAAAAGUGCCAUCAUGUCGUGUUUAUUUGACUCAGAACCGGUCGUUCCUAACAUGUCCACUCAAAACCCCCCACUAAACUCAACGAACUUAUACGAUUUGGACCAAGUCACGAAAAAAAUCACAGACGGGCUUGUCAAAAGCAAGAAUAUGGGGGUACAAGGAGCUGUAAAAAUUGAGGAUUUCCCUCACCUAUCCAUCGAUAUUUCUAACGUAACCGUGCAAAAAUUGAUGAUUUUGAGGAGACAAUACUUAAGUUAUUGCAAACUUCACCCGCCUGACACGAAGCAAAUCCCACAAUUAUUUAUACAAUAUUUAAUAACAAGCCUGCAAUAAAAAUGUUACAUAAC